UCUCGCUAAAAUGCAUAACAUGAAGUAUUAACAAAUAACAUUACUAUUAUUAUUAAUAUUGUCAUUUGUCUUAUUAAGAAAGUUCUAUGCGAGUUGAUCGGUUCGUACUUCGUUGUGCUUGUUGUUUGUUGUAAAAGAUAAAACAAAUUAAAUAGUUUUUUAAUCGUUAGCAGUGCGUUUAUCGCCUUCAAACCGCCAAAAUAAAAACGUUUUCCCUAAUUGCUAAGUACGCGCUACUGUUAGGAAGUUUAUUUUAUAAUGGCUGAACGCUUAGAAGAUUUAAAUUUACCGGUAACGGCCAUUACUCGGAUCGUCAAGGAAGUGUUGCCGUCCAACGUGAUCGUUUCGAAAGAAGCCAAAACAGCGUUGGCACGAGCCGCAUCGGUUUUUAUAUUGUACGUCAGCAACCAAGCAACCACUAUAGCGACGAGCCGUAACAAGAAAACGAUUAGUGCCCAAGACGUAUUGGAAGCAUUGUCGCAAGUAGAUUUCGAUUGCCUUAUCGAGCCAUUGCAACAGAUAUUAGAAGACUUCAAAUCAAAUAAACAACAGAAAAAAGAUACUAAAAAACAAACUCCAAAUAAAAAUGCCGAUGAUACCGAUAUAAUGGAUACAGCCGACGAGGAAUUAGAAUUAUGAACAUUUUUUUUUUUUUAUAAUUAACAAGCAUGUAUUAUUUAGUAUAAAAAU